AUGGUCUGCAGGAGACACAAAGUUGACAAUCAGCAAGAUUCGGAGCAAGUUGCACAUAUAAAAUCCUUCUCGCUGAGGGCGGGGACGCCAGGCUGCCCCAUCCCCGGCGGUGCCCGCAGCCCUGCGCAGGGGCGGUCCCCGCCGUGCCGGGGGCGGGCGGGCUCUGCUCCCUCCCCGCUCGCUAUGGCCGCUGCGCUGCGGCUGCUGCUGCGCCGGGCGGUCCCCGCCGCCAGGACCCUCGCCCUGCCCGCCCGCCGCCCGUUCAGCCUCGGCUCCUGUCGGCUUGCUCCAGCGGUGACACAGCAUGCCCCGUUCUUUAAGGGAACAGCCGUGGUCAAUGGAGAGUUCAAGGAGCUGACCCUGGAUGAUUACAAGGGGAAAUACUUGGUUCUCUUCUUCUACCCUCUGGACUUCACCUUUGUCUGCCCUACAGAAAUUGUGGCUUUCAGCAACAAAGCAAACGAAUUUCACGAUGUGAACUGUGAGGUGGUGGCAGUUUCGGUGGAUUCUCAUUUUUCUCAUCUGGCCUGGAUCAACACCCCACGAAAGAGUGGCGGUUUGGGCAAAAUGAAUAUUCCAGUCCUGUCAGACCUCACGAAACAAAUCUCCCGUGAUUAUGGGGUGCUGCUAGAAGGACCUGGCAUAGCACUGAGAGGUCUCUUCAUCAUUGAUCCAAACGGGAUCAUCAAGCAUCUAAGUAUCAAUGACCUCCCUGUCGGCCGUAGUGUGGAAGAGACGCUCCGCUUGGUGAAAGCAUUCCAGUUUGUGGAAACACACGGAGAGGUUUGCCCAGCGAACUGGACUCCGGACUCCCCUACAAUCAAACCAAGCCCAGAAGCUUCUAAAGAAUAUUUUGAGAAAGUGCAUACAUAAACGUUCAGUUGCGUGGACAAAAUGUAGUUACCGUACACUGAAGACAUGAAGAAAGCAGCUGUGAUUAUAAAAAUAAUAUGAAAUCAAAGUUAUCAUUUUCUGAUGCUUACAAAGAAAUUAAACAUUGAAAUAUUU